CCUUCAGUUCGUCUAGGUGUCACUCAUUCAGCGUCAUCCAAUCGAGAGUAAUGUGGGCGGGGUCUAACGGCAACACUGGGUUGUCCUAAGAAGUCUCUGAGCACGUCUUGAGGGCACUCCAAGACUGGCAGAGUUGAAUGCAAAGACGAAGAACAGGAGAAGCACUGAUACUGCCUUUAGAUUAGACCUCGGCAACAUCCGAAUUUCACAGCUAUUCUGCCAUUCCACGGAACCUGCACCAUUUAACUGUUUUCUCUGCGUUUGUAAGAAUGUUCAUAGGCACUGUUUCCCAAAGGAUGCAUGUUAAAACAUUUUAAUGUCUAAAGAGCCUGAUGGAUUAUCACACAUCGUUUUGUUAAAUUUGUCCUUUAGAGUGCCAUUUGCGAUUGAGCUGUUUUUUUUUUUUUCGUUUCGAAAUCAAACGCGUUUUCAGCAGAUGACAACAACCGGCAAUAUCGGAUUCUUCUCGUAUUAGUGCCUGUGGAUCUCACUGUUAUAAUCAAAUUUGGACUGGUGAAUUGUUUUGCAUCGCAAUGGAUACAACUAUGUGGAGUUAUAUAUUAGGUCUUUUCAUGGUUGCUUGUCGAGUAAAACUGGCUCGAUCAACAGUUUUAGAAUCAAUAUAUUGGAAUACUUCGAACACCAAGUUUGUCCCAGGAAGGGGUGUAGUACUAUACCCUCAGAUCGGAGACAAAAUGGACAUUGUGUGUCCAAGAAUCAAGCCAGGCUCCACUGAGCACACGAACAUUGAAUACUUCCGGGUCUAUCUUGUUCCCAAAGAACAACUUGAGACCUGUCGAGUCACUAAGGGCGACAUGUUACUGCUCAACUGUGACAAGCCGGACCAGGACGUGAAGUUCACCUUCAAGUUUCAGGAGUUCAGCCCCAACCUGUGGGGCCUGGAGUUCUACAAAGGAAAGGACUAUCACAUCAUCUCCACAUCAAACAGCACUUAUGAAGGUUUGGACAACCACGAUGGCGGUGUUUGUAAGACCAAAUCUAUGAAGCUGGUCCUGCGAGUUGGACAGAGUCCUACAGAUUCAUUCUCAGCAAAAAACUAUCCAACUAGAUAUCCUCCAAAAUACCCCGACAGUAAGGACCAGAACACCUUCAGCAAAGAAAACGAUGCUGUCAACAGAGUUGACCCCAUGCAGAAUGGUGAGUCUGGAGGCAAGAGCGGAGAGUCCGUAGGAUCCGCUGGAUCUGAAGUAGCCCUGUUUGCUGGCAUUGCAUCUGGUGCCGUCAUCUUCAUCAUCAUCAUCAUCGCUCUGGUAGCACUGCUGCAUCGGCGUCAUCAGAAACACUCCGCCCAGUGCUCCGCCCAGCUGCCAUUAAACACGCUGCCCAAACGCGGAAGUGCUGCCAGUGGCGGCAGCAACAAUAACGGCUCUGAGCCGAGUGACAUCAUCUUCCCGCUGCGGACCUCAGGAAGCAUGUACUGCCCGCACUACGAGAAGGUCAGCGGUGACUACGGCCACCCUGUCUAUAUCGUCCAAGAAAUGCCACCGCAAAAUCCUGCUAACAUUUACUACAAAGUUUGACAGAGAAUGGACAACAAGCCACGGACACGGAAAAGCCGACCGGCUCUGUUUCAGAUGUUGGACAUCAGCGUUUUGAUGCCUCUCUGGCGCUCAGAUGUUUGUUGCAGAUGGUUUAGCUCUAUUAGCUGGAUGCCAGAAGGGCAGAAGUCUUGUUUAAUUCAGAAGAACUUGGUUUUGAGACUUGAUUCUGGAUUAGAUGUGGGUGCACAUGGGAAUUUGCUCUUCUGUUUAUACCUUAACAUGGAAAACUGGAUGACUUUCAAAGCCUCAUCUUACAGAUGAACAUGCAGUGAAUGCUGCAACGUCAUGCUGAAUAAACAUGAGAACUGAUUUUGUUACAAAAAUACUUUUUUUAAUUUAUUGUUUUUUGCUUAUUUUGAUGUUUCUAAAAUCCCAGAUCUUAAUUUGUGCACGAGAAGAGGCCUUUAUUCCUGUACUUUGCAAUUCGUCAAUGUGUUUGAGUCCAUCCGAUGCAAUUUAAGCUGAUAUUAACUGUUUGCAUCCCAAAGCUGGCCUGAUGGAUGCAUAUUACAUGUCAGUUCAGACAUUUGUAGCCCUUAUGCUGUUGACGUGCAAGCCGGUGUGGUCCAAAACGCAUGUGGUUCUUUUAUCCCCAUUUGCUUAUAACUUUUCAAACAUUUAUUCAAACAGCAAACAAACAAAACUAAAGAUCAACAUACAGAAAGAUCCUUUGUUGACUUGGUAAUGUAAAUACAAUAGCCAAGCAUUUAAAUUAUGCUUUUUGUGUGAAUCUGGACAUUGCUCAUGCAUUACGUUUCAUCAUUGAAUGUUCGGUUGAUUUUGUUCAGAUACUUCAGGAGUUUACUUCAGCAGACGUGAAGCGACUUGUUGGAUAUAAUGGACAUUUUUUUUGAAAUCUUGCAUUUGUUAAACUUGUUUGUUGAUUCUAGCCGAUAGUGUGUUGAGGGAAUUUCACAUUCCAGAUGGCUGACAAGGUUGAAUGAAAUGAUUCACCAUAGUCGCUUGUGCUGCUCUCUUAUUUUUUUUUUUAAUUCUUUUUUUUUGUUUUGUUUGAAUGAAUGAAUGAAUGAAAAGUUCACAAAAUUGUUUUCUAUUGUUCAAAUAAAAUAAGUGGCCUCAAAGUCAAAACACAAAUCUUGACUCAAUAUCUAAAAGCACUACUGUUAAAAAAUCAGAGGAAGAUAGAUAGAUAGAUAGCUUCAUACACAUCAAUACCUAUAGCAACUUUCAACUAGCUUUGGACCAAUAAUCAAAAACAAAUCAGAAACAAGACUGUCCACUCGUUAGGUUCUUCAUGUCCCUGGCGACUACAUAGGAAGCACAUACAUUUGGUUUAAUUUCCAAAUGACGCAUUGGGUCACAGGACACUCAUCCCUCUCCCACGGUGUAGUGUGAUGCAUUUCAAAAGAAGCACUCGCACCUCAUGACCUCAGACACACUUAACCGUCUCACACAAUCCCGGCUACACACACAUGUUCUCACACCGUGUUUGCGCUUUUUCUUACAGACUCAGAUAAGGACCUCUAACCUUCCACAGCACAUUAUAUGUGGCCCUUCCUCUCCCCUCUAACGCUACAAACAAUAUUCCACCCUGAAUACUAAGCAUGGAUAGAGCAGAACAGGAAACAGUGUGUUUUGUUUUGGAGGGACAGAACAAUGGGGUGGUAAAUCUACAAGUCAUGCCAGCUACCUGUCACAUUCGGCCAAAAGAAACACUUCUGUCAUUUUACAAAAUCCCGCAUCCUGGAAUGUACUCGAUUUUGAUGAUUUUUGCAAAUGCAUAAUGUAUUUUUCUCAUCUUCUCAAUCAUUGAAACAUGAACGGCGGUUUCUUGCACUCAGAAUUAUGAAUAUGCUAACAAUGUCUUGAAGUUGGUCAGAACUUAGUUUGUUUGUCUGAUUUCUAUUACCGACCAGCCAAAAUGUCAACCAAGACGAUUAAGCAGCUCAUAUUAGUCCAAUUUGACAGAAACCGCUGAUUAAGCUUGGUGUGUUAGGUUCUUCUUUGCGUUAUUUGAGAUGUUUUCUGAUUUUAAAUCUCUCUGAAUAGUUUUAUU